GUCCAUGGCUUUCUUGAGCUCCCAACUUUUCCUUUCCUUAUAUUAAAAGUCUUCAACUCAUAGUUUAUCAAACAAUCCAAUCCCCAAAUAAACAAUCUCAUCAAUAGCCCAAAAACAAAGCCAAAAUAUUCACUUCAAUCCUGUUCUUGCUCUCUCUUCUUCCCACCCAUUGGUUUUUUGUGUUAUUAAAUCUUUUUUCAACCCUUCCACUCCUUUUUUUUUAAUACUCAUUUCAAGCUUUUGAUGCUCUUGUUCCCAUGGCCGGUUUGGAUUUAGGCACAACCCCUCGUUUCAUCCACCAUCAGCUCGACCAUCACACAUCUGAUCUCCAUCUCCACAACCCCUCCUCCGUAGAAGGAGGUCCCCACCAGCACCACUACCUUCACGAUUUGAAUAGCGUUGGUGGUGGUGGCGGAGACUACGGACUAGUUUUACAGGGUGGUGGUGGUGCUGGCCUGUCGUUUCUAGCUGGAGCAGACCAGCACCAGCACCAACAAACUCGUCAGGACGAGGAUGAGGACGACGACGAGCCUCGACAAGGGAGCCACGGUGGCGUCGUGGCGAGGAGGCCACGUGGCAGGCCGCCGGGGUCGAAGAACAAGCCGAAGCCGCCCGUGAUCAUAACGAGGGAGAGCGCCAACACGCUCCGGGCCCACAUCCUCGAAGUCGCCAGCGGGUGCGACGUGUUCGAGUGCGUGGCGAGCUAUGCGCGGCGGCGGCAGCGCGGGAUCUGCGUGCUGAGCGGCGCGGGGACGGUGACCAACGUCAGCAUCCGUCAGCCGGCCGGAGCAGCGUCGGCGGCGGCGGGGGUCGGGAAGCUCCACGGGACGUUCGAGAUCCUGUCGCUGUCCGGGUCGUUCCUUCCGCCGCCGGCGCCACCCGGGGCGACCAGCCUGACGAUCUUUCUGGCCGGAGGGCAGGGGCAGGUGGUCGGCGGGACGGUCGUCGGCGAGCUGAUCGCGGCUGGGCCGGUUAUCGUUAUAGCUUCGUCUUUCACCAACGUGGCGUACGAGCGGCUGCCGCUGGAGGAGGAAGAGGAGGACGGCGGCGGCGGAGGUGGGAGCGUUAAUCACGGCGGGUUUCCUGAUGGCGGAGCUGCUGCUGCAGCGGCGGCGGCGGGGUUGCCGUUCCUUAACUUGCCGGUGGAAGGAUGGAACGGCGGAGGAAGAGCUCCUCCCUAUUGAUGAUAUACUGGGAUUUUAUUUAAAAUUUUAUGUGUCUGUGUACGUGUGUGAAAUUUCAUCCAAAAAAGGUCAGCCAAGUUUUAGUUUUUGAAUGUCUUUCUCAUUCUUCUUCUUCCUCUACUACUACUUCUACUCCUUUUGCAAAUUCUUAUGGUUUGUUUUCGUUAGGGUUUAGACAAUUCCUAAUUCCUCUUUUUUGUUCCUUUUGUUUGGGGUAUUUAGAGCACUCAUUGUGGGGAAAAAAAUUUAAUGUUAGUCUGAUUUCGUUGGACUUUGAGUAUUCUGAUUUCGUAUGAUAAAUAAUCAUCCUUAAAUUUA